GUCACAUACAUAUGUAAAUACGAAAGAUGCCAUGUUUUUGUAAAUUGUUCCCCAAAAACACACCGUACCGUGCCCUUGAUAAUGUAAAUCAAUCAAGUGCCAACUCAACAACCGAUCCGGUAACAUCACAGCAAGUGUCCGCUUCGGAAUUGGUGCAGCUGAAGGCAGAAGUUUGGUCCCUAAGAAAUUCGUUAUCGGACGCAAUAUCCGUCAACAACAACAUGCAGGAUGCAAUCACGCAAACGGUUGCCGAAAAGUACUCGUUGUUGGAUGAACUAUGCAUGGCGAAAAAUGAGAUGGCUCUACUGGAAUCACAACAGCGAACGGAGCGAGAUGUUUACUGCCAAGAGAAGGAUAAGUUUCUACAGGAAAUUGCAUCGUAUCGGAUAAAAAUAAACGAGCUCUCUCAUCUAGUGGAUAAGAUAUCAGAACAAAACAUUGAACUGAAAAAAUCGCUGCUGGAAGCGAACGAUACCGUUUAUAAAAUUGGUCGAAAUUACAUGAAACUCAAAACGAUGGAAAAUUGA